AUGUCCACCCCCUCCACCCCCUCACCACAAACCCUCUACUUCGCCUACGGUUCCAACCUCUCUCUCACACAGAUGAAAACCCGCUGUCCAGACUCGACAUAUGUAGGCACGGGUGUGUUGCGGAACUAUCGAUGGAUUGUGAAUCAGAGAGGCUAUGCUAAUAUUGUUUUCUGUGGGGAUUCUGGGGAUGAGUCUAAGUCUGAUUCUAACUCCAAGUCUGAGUCCGGAGAGGGAGAAGGAGAGGGAGAAGGAGAGGGAGAAGGAGAGGGAGAAGGAGAAGGAGAAGAAGAGAGAGAAGAAGAGGAAGAAGAAGAGGAAGAGCAUUCCAAAAACAAGAAGGAUAUCAAAAACGAGCAUGCAAAUGCAACCACCAAACUCCCCUCCACCCCUCAAAAUCCUCAAAAUCCUCAAAAUCCUCAAAGUCCUCAACCCACCGUCUACGGACUCCUCUACACCCUCUCGCCCCGCGACGAAACCCUUCUCGACACAAGCGAAGGCGUCCCCUUUGCAUACACGAAAAUCUCUCCUCUGAUCACCCUCGUAUCCGUUUCGCCCUCCCUCGGUGCGCCCACAAUAUCCUUUCUGUUAUCUUUAUUUCCUGGUUCCGUUUCCGUUUCCGGAGUUUCAAGUGCCGAGUUGGCAUUCCCCCCUCUGCUUCCCUCGUCAUCUUUCUCUGCACCCUCUGCACCCUCUGCACCCUCUCCUCCUUCUCUUCCUCCUCUCUCUCUCCCCACCGCCUCCCAACCAUCCCAACUAUCACCACCCCUCCAAAUCCGCGCACUAACCUACAUCGAUACCCUGCGUAUCACCCCCUCGGCCCCCAAUCCAGAAUACGUUACGCGCAUGAAUCGCGGGAUUCGAGAUGCGAUUUCCGAGGGAUUUCCUCCAUCAUAUGUACAAGAUGUGUUGCGUCUUUACAUUCCCGCUCGCGAAGAGGGAGGGGACUUCUGA